UUCUGAUUGGUCUUACAGCUAUCAGCAACAAGACACAUUAAGACUUUCCUACACCGACUCCCCUCCCACCUCACCUCAUCGUCCUGACAUAGCAAUAUGCUGUAUAUAUGUUGGAACAGAACUCGGAGUGGAUUGUAACUGGACGUAUCCCAGGAGAAUAUACGACAAUCAAGAGAUAUUCAUCCACACACACAUGUAUGCAGUGAUGUAUGUAUACACACAUACGUAUACACACAAAUCGACAGCAAUGUGUCUGUUUACAAAUGUAUGUACAUGUGUGUAUAUGUGUGUGUAUCUAUAUACAUGUAUGUCUAUAUGUGUAUAUAUGCAUCUGUGAAUAAAUUCAUCAAACAUCAUUCUAAAAUGAAAGCUUGGAUGGAAGACAGUAAGCAACCUUUGCGGUCAAACUCCAAAAACAUCCCAAAUGUUUUAGACAUCAUCACAUAUCAAGAGAAUGUACCACCAGCUAAUGUCAGUAGUUAUUUACGGCUGUCUCCAACAUCCUCACUAAACUCAUCAGUUGGAAGUUCAAAGUCUUGUGAUUCUCGUGAUGUGGCAAUUAUAAACAGAAAUCUGAAACUACAUCGUGCAACCACAGCAAGGCCAAUGUGUGGAACAGCAGGUGCAACAACACCACAACCAAAGAGAAUGGUGACAUCACCUGAUAUAUUACUUUCUACUCGGCGUUUUCCCAAAGCUUUAAUUGUUUAUGGAGAAUCAAUGGAUAAGGAGUCUUAUUCUAUAACUGAAUACCAAAAAAGCAAGAUGCAUUACUAUCAAAGUGCAUCAGUUGAAUCACAGAAUAAAGGAAUCCCUAACAACUACAGAAAUAUUGCAGAGUCAUGUACAACCGGUGCAACUUCUCCCACACAGGUCACAAAGAAAUUUCAAGAUUGGUCUGAGACCAGUAAGAAGAAACAGAAAGAAACCUUCAGCUGCCCCACAACUAGAUGGGCCUUGAAACAACCUCCUGCAAACAACAGUAGUGGAAGUAUUGAAAAUGGUGUCCCUCUUAACAUUCCAACAAAUCUGAUGGAGAAUAUAAACAAAAUCUAUGAGAGUAUUGAUACAGAUGGGUUGUUGAAAGUGAAUCUAACUGACUCCACCAUUGUAACAGACAAAAUGAUGCUAAAGCAGAAUGCAGAGAUGAAGCCUUCUUUUACAGCAGCCCCACCAACAUCACCAAGAGGAAACACACCUACAUCUUCUGAGAGACAUUUUCCUACAAACAAUAGGGAAAGUUCUUAUGCGUUUUCACAAAAUGAUAAUACUCUAGUGCUUGAUGCUUCUCUUAAAAAUGGUUCUGUCUUAAAUAUAUGUAGAGAGUCUUCUCCAGCACCCUCUCUUUGUUCUAUUUCUUCUUCUUCUUCAUCUUCUCCCCUUUCAUCUCCUGUUCCUAUUAAGCUUAAAACCUGUACAUUGAAAGAGACUCCCAAAAGUAAUAAAUUUUUUUGUGAACUCUCUUCUAAGGGUUUCUCAACCUUUAAUGAUGUCCAUCACAAAACUGAAUCAUAUGUUAACACAAGACCUGUACAACUUCUCUGCACACAUUCUGGCAGACGAAUGCAUACAGCAACGUUAAUAGGGAAAAAAUCAUCAAAUUCCAAAUCUCAGUUAGGAGAAAAAUCUUUGAAAUCCAAUUCUAAUUCAAAACAGCAAGUAUUCUUCCGAAGAACUGAUUACAACCCUAUACAAAUGGUUUAUGACCAAGAGACCAGCGAUUCAGGUCCUAAAAUAUCUUCUGCAGUUACUCCUCACCUGCAGAAGUAUUUCAUCAAUCUUUGCGAGAAACAAGAAAGGAUGCAUGAAGAAAAAUAUACCCAAGCUGCUAAUGUGGCCCCCCAUUCAGAUCUGGAAUCAUGGAAUGUUUAUAAGACAAUAAAAACAGUGGAAUUUGAUAUGAAAGGUCCUCAAGUGAUUGUUGAGAAAAUGUUGAUUGGACAAAACCAAAGGAAACUUCAAAGACCCCAAACAACACAAAACACAGCAAAUUCUAAGGCAUUCAGAGCAAUGAAGCAGCGCCCUCAGAGUGGACCAUCACAGAUUCUGUUUAAACAGAAAGACUCCAAGCUGCAGUCUAUCUUACCUGAGGUUCAAGAAGUAAAAGAUAAAGGAAAGGAAGAAUUUGGAUCAAGAGCAUCCCAUCAGAGUGGCAGUAUCUACAGUAAAUUAGAAAGCACUGGAUGUCAUCACACUGACCAACCUCGAGUCAGUUCUGAAUUAGAGGAAGUUUUGAACAAAAGUGGUGACCACACUGACCAUUUCAAACUCUGGCCUGAGAGAGAGAAAACCUUGGAUAUUGGUGACCAACACACUGAUCCAACUAAACACAAAUUAGAAGAGAAAAUACAAAACAGCAGUGGUUCUCAUACUGAUGUGUCCAAAGUUAAACCAGAGAUUGAGAAAACUGAAAACAUUAGUGACCAGUUCAUGUGGAGGUCAGAGAAAGUUUUGAAUAAAGAUGACAAAAUUACUGAUCAGUCCAACAUCAGGCAAGGAGUAGAAAAUGACUUGAACAAAAUUGAUAUUCAUUCUGAUCUACCUAAACUCAGUCCAGAAAUAGAGAGAAUCUCAUGUGAAAAUGAAAAUGCUUCACACCCUGAUGGGAUAGAGGAGGAGGAAAUAUCAAAGAAUGAUUAUCAUAAGAAUGAACAGUCUAGAGUAGAACUAGAUAUAAAGAAGGACUUGGACUGCAGUGAUGAUCAGAAAGACCAGACUAAAUUGAGACCAGAAACUGAAGGAAUCUCAGCCAGUAAAGAUAAUGACCAGACAAACCUGAAGCCAAAUACAGAGAAAGUAUUAAACCAUCAGACUGAUCAAACCUUGGUUGAACCCAACCCAGAAGUAGAAGAGGUUCAAAACACUGAUCAUAUUAAACUUGAAGUGGAGGAAGACACAGAAGUUCUUAACGUCAUCAAUGUCAAUAAUAAUUCUAUUUCCCAUUCUGACCAUGAAAACUUAUUUGAGAGGGAAAACAUCCUAAAUAAUUCUACCCACAACAUUGACCCUACUAUACCCAAAUCAGAAACAGAGGUAAUGUUAAAUAAUAAUAUAUCACACACUGAUUCUGUUAAAUCUAAACCAGAGACAGAAGUAAUGCCAAGCAGUGAGACCCACAAUACAGCCUAUGAUUCAGAAAUUGAGGUGUCAUCAAAUGACAAUGAUCACAGUACUGACCCUAUUAAAUUGACUUCAGAGACAGAAGCAAUGCCAAAUUGUAAUGCCCAUCACAUUGAUUCCAUUGAAUCAAAGCUAGAAAUAAAAGUAAUACCAAAAACUAAGAUUCACAACACUGUCCACAGUAAGCCUAUGUCAAAAGCAAAAGUAAGUCCAGAUUGUAAAGACCACAGUACUAACCCAAUUAAAUCUGGUUCCGACAGAAAAGAAACACCAAAUUAUAAUGCCCAACAUAUUGAUUCUGCUAAGAUAGAACCAAAAAUAGAGGUCUCACUAAAAGCUAAAGUCAACAAAACUGUCCCUGGUAAACCAAGAGAAGUAACAACAAACAGUGACCCAGCUAAUUUUAGAUCUGAGGUGGCACUAAAGCCUCAUCAAACCCACAAAGUUCACUUCAGCAAUCAUAUAGAAGAGAUAUGUGGAGAAGCACCUGAGUUUACUGAGUCGGAAAUAACUACAUCUGGAAUAUUAGACAAAAAUUUUGGUAAUCUUCAUUCUGAGAGUGAGCCUUCUAAUGAGCUGAAAACAAUUGAUCCUUUGAGGAUUUCUAACACUAAUGAAGCUAAAAUUACCUCUGUCUCUAAAGUUAAUAAGAAUCAUCAUACUAACAAAAAUUUAGAAAUGCCUUCAGACAAAAGUUUUCCUAUAAUUAAUCAAAGCAAAAAGAACUCACAUUGGUCUGAAAAGGAGUCACGGGUGACAUUUUCUAACAACCGAAAAUCAAAUAAACAAGAAAUUUCAAAAGAAAAUUCUGUGAGUAGCUGCAAUCAAAAGUCAGAUUUAGGAUUGACUACUGAGAAGCUGGAAAUAAAUAAGGAAAACGUCAACAAUAAUAUUUCGUCUUUUUCACCAUGUAAAAAAGAGAAAUUGUCUACGACCCAAGAUCAAACAUGUCAUCUGAAUUCUACUUCAGAGGGUUUGCCAGGUGUAAGUUCUCCAACAGAAAAUCACUUUAAGGAAUAUGUCGGUGAUGCAGAGGUGACUCAUCCCAAACCAAAUGAUUCACAGGUUGUUGAGAAUCAAGCUUGCAUUGGUGAUGAGAAAUAUGCUCAAAGAAGUUCAUCUAUCAAAGUAAAUUUCAUUCCCAACAAUUUCACAGAGACUUCAAAGGAUACACAUUUAGAAAAGAAAGAUGCCACCUCAAAGUCAGAAAGCUUCCUCCCUGGAGAUGGUGCUGCUGUUACACGGACAGAGAACUCAUGGAAGCCCUUUCCAGUUAACAGACCCUACAGCAGUUUCCUAAGGUAUCAAAGUGAGCCGAUAUCCACCGCAUUAGUACCACCACCUAAACUGAGGUCAAAGAAGCGAUCAACCUCCUCAAAAACAUCUAAAUCUGGUAAAUCUCACAAAAGAAAGUCUGGGAUGGACAUUAAACCAUUAGUGUUCACAUCUGUUCAACAACAGGAACCCCAAGAUAACAAUGAUCAUGAGUGCAUAAAGAUUUCUGAUGAAUUACGUGACAAAGGUGUCAAUGUGUCAUGGACAGUGCUAAGAAGAAGCCUUUAUCCUCCUACUGGUCGACCUUUACAUUAUGCAAUGGAAGUUGACACAAGAAUAAAUCCAGAAUCCGAUUUGUUAAGUCACCCAAAAAGCUGGCUUCCUAAAGAAUUCAAUGCCCUGCAAAAGGUUGUUAAAAAACUGAGACAGGCAAACCAGUAUCAGAAGAAGCAAGGAAGAUCUGAAACUAAGAAGAGUAAACAAUCUGGUAGCAAGCAGAAAAAAACAAAGAAGAAAAAGAAGAAAUAAAAAUGGGACGUUGGAUUAAGAGGGGUUGUGCCUCUUGACCUUUGCCAUCUCUCUUCCUUCUUUUUCACACAUGAUGGAGUCCCUGAGGAUCAGGUUUGAUUUCAACGCCUGCUGUUGAACAUUUGUAGGGAAAAUAUGGGAGGGAAUUCUGUUGUGGUAGCAGCUAUUGUGGACAAGGAUUAUGUUAAAAUGUUUAAUGUAAGAUUUGGAAGCGAUGUGACAUAGGGAGAAGUGGUAGGUGUAUUGAGUGAACCUGGAAGAAGGGGGUGCAUUCAGCUAAAUAAUUCAGAAGAUUUUGCAGUAACAGUAGAAGAGGCAGAGGGAAUAAGAAAUGUAUGUGAACUUGUGUCGUAAUGUUAAUAUGGUCUUCAUUUGCGUGAAUUUUGCCUGUGUGUAACAGCUGUAUUGUCCCAGAACUCAGAAAUACUCCUUUGUGGGGUUUUACUUUAACUUUGUUUCAGAUAAAUGUUUCCAGGCUCUGAAGCAGAACCUUUGUGAAGAAGUUUUGGCAACAUUUUACACUCAUACACACAUGCAAAUAUAUGUAUUUAUUGGGAAUCAUCAUAAGAGAUGAAUAAAAAUUUUGAAGUUUGGUAAAAAUGUGAUAUAAAAUAAAAUGUAAUUU